AAGCGGGGCGUGUCUAUGUCAGGGUUUGUUCCGUGUGAAAACUUUACCGGCUCGGGUGCAAAGUUUCAGCCGUCUGCAAACCAGUGGCUCGUCGGCAAACAUCUGAAAUAUGCUGGAACCUACCAGGGUGUGUUUAAAGGACACAUAAGUACAGUCCGUAUCAUAUUUCCGAUUUAUUCUACUUGUGUUUUAGACUAUUAGUCGAGUGAUGCUGCCGUGCUUGGAUUACUGUAGUGAAUGAAGACGCCGUUAGCUUUGGGUCGUAUUGUCUCAGGGAAGCAGCUAGCUUAACCUAAGUCAUUAGCGGCAGUUGAGUUAAACCGGACAGCUAGCUAGCCCAUGUCCUCCUGAGAAGACGCUUUUUCACCGUUAGUUCCAUCCUCUAAGUGUGAGAAAGGGAAAAUGGCCUGUGAGCCCAACCGUGCCCGGCUGCUAUGCAUGCUCUCAUUGACUUUUGGCUUUUUCAUAGUGGAAGUGGUGGUCAGCCGGAUUACCUCCUCUCUGUCGAUGCUGUCGGACUCCUUUCAUAUGCUGUCGGAUGUCAUUGCGUUAGUGGUGGCUCUGGUCGCCGUACGAUUCGCGGAAAAAACCCAUGCGACAAACAAAAACACCUUCGGGUGGAUCCGGGCGGAGGUGAUGGGGGCUCUGGUCAACGCCGUCUUCCUCACGGCUCUGUGCUUCACCAUCGUCCUCGAGGCUAUCGAGCGCUUCACCGAGCCUCAUGAGAUCGAGGGCCCCGCCGUGGUGGCCGGGGUCGGAGCUGCGGGGCUCCUCAUCAACCUGCUCGGACUGUGCUUGUUCCAUGGACAGGGUGGAGGGGGUCACGGACACUCCCACGGAGGUCACUCCCAUGGGAGUAAGAGCAAGAGGGGUAAAAACCAAAAGGCUGGGAAUGGGUCCUCAGGAGAGGAGACCAACAACUUAGUGGGAAAUCACAACAGCCCAGGUGAAGUCCACUCAGAGAGAAGGAGAAAUGAAAUCAGCUGUAAAGACAGCACAGAGGUGCAGAUGAACGGCAACACCCAUUAUGAGGAGAUGGACCAGGAGCACAGCUCGUCUUCACAGCUCAACAUGCGUGGCGUGUUCCUCCACGUGCUCGGCGACGCCCUGGGCUCCGUCAUCGUGGUGGUUAAUGCUAUAAUAUUUUAUUUAGUGUGGCAACCGUGCACAGAUGAGUUUUGUGAGAAUUUAUGUGUCAACAGCCACAUCACGGACCACCGGCAUAUUAAUCACACAGUGGUGGACCUGAAGGAGGGUAACACUACAUCGCCCUUGAAGAGGGCCGGCCCCUGCUGGGUUCUCUACCUGGAUCCGACCCUCUGCAUCAUCAUGGUGUGCAUCCUGCUGUAUACUACAUACCCGCUGCUGAAGGAGUCGGCCCUCAUCCUGCUUCAGACCGUACCGAAGCAGAUCAACAUGCACCGACUCAACGAGCGGCUGCUGAGUCUGGAUGGCGUCCUGGCCAUCCACGAGCUGCACAUCUGGCAGCUGGCCGGCAGCCGCAUCAUCGCCACAGCGCACAUCAAGUGCCACGACCCCACAUCCUACAUGGAGGUGGCCAAACGCAUUAAGGACUUCUUCCACGACGAAGGCAUCCACGCCACCACCAUUCAGCCGGAGUUUGUCACAUUCAGCUCAGAGUCUCGAGACUCCCUUUGUGAGCUUUCCUGUCGGACUCAGUGCGCUCCAAAGCUGUGCUGUGGCUCCGCGGACAAACAGAACUCUGACAAGAAGGCCGGCGGUGACGGCAAAGCCUCCGCUGCCGCUGCUACUGCCGACGCCGCCAGCUCCUCCUCUGCCCUGGAGGUGAUCAGCGAGACUACGGAGCAGGCCACCGUCCAGGUGUGUCCCCGUACAAACCCAGAGGUCACCAUCACUAGGGAGGUGGAGUCGUCUCUGUGAGAUGGAGGGUGGGAACCAGGGGAGAGGCUGAAACACAACCAUGUCCAGCAGAAAUAGUCAUCAUUUCAGGACGUUGGUCUUUGUUGUUUUUUUUUUUUUUUUUGAUCUGUUCACUCCUGGGCUAAAAUAGGUAACCUGUUUUCAGGAUAUUUGUGUUGCUGUUUUAUUGAAUAGUGGUAAAAUAUUCAGUCAUUCAUUCAUUUUCCAUACAUCUUAAUCAUCUGUAGGUUUGUGAUGGGUUCUGCAUCCUAUCCCAACCACCUGGUAGUAAGAUACACGACCAUAAAGUACCAAGUUUAUGUAUGUGUUUAAGCUUUUUUGACCUGCUUACACACACUUGGAGGAAAUUACAUUAAUAUAAUGAUUUUUAUAAUUCAUUCGUAACUGAUGUCAAGUUAAUUCUAUUUUAUUUCUAUAGGCUUUUUCAAACCAUUAGAAGACUCGUAAACUGAAAUUUCUCAACUACUGUGACGAGACGAGGUAACAUUAGAUUGAAUACAAUAGUUGUUCUACUCCUGGAGAUAAACCUUUUAAAAAGUGGGAAGUGUCUGUUAUUUGCAGAAUUGUAACUGUAUGUUAAUUUCAUCAGUGAGUUAAGAUAGAUUUGUUUUUCUUUGAGCUGCAUUCUGUGAAAAAAAAAAAAAUCUACGAUUAUGCAAAAAUGCAUAGCUAAACCCUCCACUCAUCCUUUAAUGCUCUUUCUUAAAGAUAAGGUGUAAGCAGGGGUUAAUACAAUUCUAAUUAACUCUAGAACAGUGAGACAUUUUGGAUUAAGACCUUAUCCAAUCGGUCUUCAUCAGCCCAUGUAAUUUUGUCCAAAGUAUUAUCAGACCAUCAGUAAUUGUCACAAUGAUUAUUUGUGGUUUUAAACUCUUCUUUAUUGAGGUAGAACAGGAAAUUAUGAUAAUAUCCAACAUUAAAAUAUGCAUGUGUUAAAUGAAGCACUUGAAGUAUAGGUAUAAAAGAAUUACCUGAUAAUUAGAGUAAAGCAAAAAAAAAAAAAAAUUAGAGCUCUUUUUUUAUUAUUCACCUCUAAAUGUCUAACUUUUAGAAAAACCGAUUCAAAACAUUUUGACAGAGACACAUUUCACAUGCCUCUGUUCAGUCAAACAAAAACUAAAAGCACAAAAUAUGAUGAAAGCCGUUCCCUCAUUGUUUUUGCCCAGGACUUUAGAAAAGGAAAAUGACUGUGGGAAGGAAACGAUCUUCCUUUUUUUAGUCUGUCAUUGCCCCCCUUUUGUUGCAGGGCCCUCCCUGUUUCUGAGCCUCACCUACCUUCAUCAUCUCCUCGUACCCCCCCCUCACUCCCCCCUCCUUCCGGCCUCUCCUCUGCUACUCGGACCCUCUCUUGCCGCCCGUCGCCCUGGCGGUACGGCGCCGAUGCAUGUCGGGGUUCACUGACCUCGCUAUCUCCUCCAGGACUGGAGCGAGGCCUGCAUGAGUGUCCCUCAUUAGCACCGUGUCGUGAUGCGUCAUCUCGUCCCAUGGUGUUUCUGUGCCAAAGCUUCUCACUGCAGGACUGAAGGGAACGCAGAGACGCUUUUCUUCUCCUCCACAAGGACACACAAAACAAUUACAUGCAAGUCAGAGCACACACGUUUGGGUUAUUUUGUUUAUCCUAUGGACCUGUUUGCAAAGAGUCUACCUUGUGUUUUAUGAGUAGGCUUUAAGCAGAUCUAUUUUCUUAACCUCUGGCCCCAAAUGGAAGAGUAUUGUAUUGCAUAAUAAUUUAAGUAUUUAAGUUAUUAGAAAUGAUCUAUUUCUCUCAGUAGAUGCUGUUUGUAAUACUUAGUUUGGAUUAUAUAUAGAAACAUUUUUGCAAUUUUGUGUCUUGGAUUUUUUGACAGACCAUUUAUGCUGUAGUCAGUUUUUCAAAUGUGAUGUUUUAUAAUGAUUUUCCUUCUCGGACUCUUUCUCCGGCCUUGACUCAGACUUUAUCGCAGUCAUUAGUUGGAUACAAACGCUGUUUCGACUCCUCUCACCUUGCCUUUUUAAAUGCAUAAACUGCUGUGGUUAUAGCACUAAGUAUAGUCGACACGGUGUAUAUGAAUUUGUUCCAAUGGCACAGUCACAUAAGUAUGUUUAUGUUCAAGUUUUAAUGCCUUGUGAUCCAAGGCCAUGUCCACACUGAUACGUUCCUGUGUUCAAACGCGUAUCUUGUGCUGCGUUUCUACCUUGUGUCCACACUACUCUGGUUGUAACUCGAGGAUUGUAUUGUACUGUGUAACGGAGUAAAGGACGGGGGGACCUUUUAGAAUCAAUGACUCAGACUCCUGCGAAUGUUCCCCGAUUGGGUUUUAUCAAUCGAAAAUAAUGCGACACCGCCCUCAAACCAGCGCAUAAUACCAAAUUCCAGACUACUGUUUGGAUGACCAAACCCAGACUCGGUGUUUGAGCUCAGUGCGAGCUCCCGUUUGCUGCUUACCGGUCCCUGCUGGUAUACUCCGACGAAACUCGUAACUGUAGGUAACGACUCACCACACAGCGCGUACUGUCCUCCACAGGCUGUUUGAAGUCCAUUUAGUGGCCUUUGAAAUUGUAAGAAUCCUCCCUCAUCACCUCAGACAUGAUUUAUAAGGUGAGCCAUCGAUGCAUUUUUAGAUUUUCUCUCAAUUCAAUGUGUAUGCAAUAUGUGCUGGGAUGCGUUCCAUCAUUUGUAAUGUUCGGUCACUUUUACGCUGCGUCUUUGAGACUUGAGCUCUGUGUGCAAAACAAAGUGUUGUGUUUUUUUUUUUUUUUUAAUUUUAGAUAUGACAUGUCAGCUGAUGUGUUUUUGAUAUAUACAGUAUAUCCACAGUACCUGUUCAAUGUGUCAGUGAAAUAAAAAAAUGUGACUGUUUGGUACAGUUGAUGAA